AGCUUCAACUCAAAGUUAGAGUAUGUACAACCUACGCAGCACAGCAGAGUUCAAAGCCGUAAACGGCCAACUGACGCUCGGUCGCGCGGUUUCAAAACGAGAAAAUUGCUGGCGGGGAUGGCUAGAAGACAGAUGACCCAUACUGAACGAUCUAUUGAUACUCGCGAUAGAGAUCGGGGUGAGUAGCGAUGUGAAACCAGAGUUUGGAGAAGCUGACGAAUAGCUGUUUUCAGGCAGUUGCAGAGCCGUACGAUUUCUUUCAAGGCAGAAACCGGUGCUCUAUUGCGGCUCAUGCCUGCCCGCCCGGAGGUCUAAGCACCAAAGGAAGGCACGAAUUACCACAAGUUGCCACAAGUUCAUGACACGUUCUCAGUCUCUGGAAGCCACAGGCAACACGCUGCUCACAAUUUCUGGAAGCGAUUUAGGACGGGGCGCAGACAGCUGCCGGCACUUGAAAGGAACCCCACAGGCUGGCCCGUCCCGUCGAUCCCGCCCCGUCAAACCCCUGGUCUGGACACCUGGACUUGGGACGGGCAAGAGCCAGGGGAGGAAAAACCCCGAAUUUUGCUUCGUGAUCGCGCUCUUCCACUUUCCUCGCGUGGCAGCAGCUGGCAGAGCGGGCUCGUGGAUUGAACGGCUCGCGGAUGAGACCAGGCUCCUGUCCAGCUCCAAUUGCCGUUCCCUCGUGCCGUCAGACCAACGACGGCGCCCCUUCCACGACCGCGCCAUGGACAGCAUCGGGGGCUUGUUCACGACCCUGUCGGGGUACCUUACGCCGGCCUUUCUCGUCCUCUCGCCGGUGCUUUCAUACAGCGACCAGGCUUACUCGAUGUACCGGACGAGGACGAGCGCCGGAUUCAGCCUCGACAUCCCGCUCAUUAUGCUCGUCGCGUCGCUGCUUAGGAUAUUCUACUAUCCCGGCGCGAGAUACGACAAUGCGCUGCUUGCCCAGUCCUGCGUCAUGGUGGCAAUGCAAGUGGUGCUGCUCAAGAUCGGCCUGGAUUACCGACCACCGCCCUAUUCGAGGGGAGGCGACGCUGCAGUCCCCUUUGCCCGAGUGAAUGAAAUGAGACGUCCCUUUGAUUUUUGGCAAUGGAGAUCGCCGAAACCAUACUGGCAGUUCUUGCUGGGCCUGCUCGCUGCCCUUGUGGUCUGCGAACUCCUGCUGGCGCCAGUUCCUUCGGUGUACCAGACGUACUCGUCGUUGAUCGGCGUGGUUGGCCUUUCGGUUGAAGCGACGUUGCCCAUUCCGCAGAUCCUGGCGAAUAUGCGAUCCCGGUCCUGCAAGGGGUUUCGCCUCUCGGUGCUGGCCAGCUGGCUGAUUGGCGACAGCAUGAAGAUGUUUUGGUUUUUCACGUCAACGACAUCAAUCCCGAUAGCGUUCAAGGUCUGCGGCAUGUUUCAGGCUGCAUGCGACUCGUUCCUCGGUGUGCAGUACAUGAUGUAUGGCGACGGCGGGCCGGCUUCAAAGGAACACGCGAGCCCCACCUGGCAACAUGAGCUGCAGUCGAAUGGCUUUUCCACAGCGAGCGGCCAUACCAGGACUCCUGGACGGAGGACAUCAACAACGGAGAAGACGAUAUGAAAAAUUUUGCAAUGCGUCGAUGACAGGGACAUGUUUGGAUAGAUAUAGACUAAUAAUAGAAGCCCAAUUGUAAUUAUGGUAACGCUCUGUCCAGCUC